CAAACUGGCGCCGCUGCGCUGAGCGCAUGACCACAUUCAGUUCGUUGCUGCCGCUGUAUCGGAACACUCGCAGGUAUCCCGGUCGCUUCUUGGUUACCGGCCAGGUACCGACCUCGCCGCCACUUCUGAGGACGUCAGACGUCUAGCGUGUGCGCUUCGUCGUCAAGAGCGGAACCGGGACCAGUCCUACAACUUGCAGUGUCCCCGUUGAAUCCUCUCUGGGGGCGCCAGACGUCUCGAGUCUGCUUCGUCAUUCAAGACUGAAUGGGAAUCACUCGUACAACUCGAACCUUCAAAAAAGGGAGUGUCGAAGGACUAGACAUGACUUCGCAAAGUGACUUCGGCUCCUCGGAGUUCCGUUGCGGCCCCUGUGAGCACUCGGUGCCUUCGCUGCGUCUCAAGUCAAUCGCUCUGGCUGACGUGCGGCGCUUCGACGCCUCCGGCGAACAGAAGGUCUUUCCGUACGAAAACCGUUAUUGCGAACCGUACCAGCCGCACGCCUGCAGCCCACCGUCUGACAAGGAUAUGCGGCGUUAUUCUCAGAGCGAGGCAAGCCGUUCUUACGCGAGGAGUACCGCGGGCGGUGUCUGGUACCUAAGGGACAGCGCACCGGUCGACGUCAACUGCGGACUUUUCUCUCCGCCGUCGCGGCACGCGGAGUUGUGUUCCGGAGACCUAGACUCGGAACCUUUCGACGCCUGCGGUGAGACGGAAAGGCUUAUGAAGAUUCAGUACAUGGCUGAAGAGCUGGUGGCCCGCGAGACGGCCGUAGCUGCCAAUUACCAAGACGCCGACUUGAAAGAAGUCGACGCUGGAGCUUGCUGCCCGACUCCAGAGCAACCGAGUCCGGCCAAGUCGCCGUUCCCGUCGAUGGCCUCGCUGAGCUUGAAGUCCCUGGUGGAGUCGUCGCUUAUGCCCCUGGCCGAAGCCGCGGACACUUCCGUUCGUGCGUCCGUCCAGGAGACCGGCGUGUCUUCCGCCACGACCUCAGCGGAUGCUUCGAAGAAGCAGCCGACGACUGAAUCCGCCGGGGCGUCGUCGCCUCCUACGUCUGACGGAUUCGACGUCGCCAGUGGCUCGAAUGGUUCUCCCAGAGGACAUUCCUCGAGUGCUGCGGCGACUCAGAGCUGCGGUCGUCGAAAGAAGGCGGUUCCGCGAAAGAGUCCCACGGCCGACGACCCCAACUUCAAGGGCGCCGUGGUUCACAUGCGGCUCGAGAUGGUCAACGGAGAGCCCAAGCUCAAGAUGGAGCAUUACUACAACAACAUGCAGCGACGAGGCGUUCUGCGACCCGAGAUAAGCGAAUCCGAAGACGAGAUUGAGUUCACCAGAAGGGAGGACGUUGAACAGCAAGUUUCAGACAAACAGUGCGCGUCUUGCGCCACGAAGCUAACACCGCUAUGGAGAGACGCCGAAGACGGCACGCCGUUAUGUAACGCGUGCGGCAUCAGGUACAAGAAGUACAAAGUGCGCUGUACCCGCUGCUGGCACAUUCCCAGGAAGAAUGAUAACACCGGCGGCGACUGCAAGGAGUGCGGUGGCACACUGCGUUUCGUCGUGCGAAAGUCGACAAACUGAAAGUUGUUUUUUUUUCUAUAUCAUUUUGCUUCGGGCAGCGUACCGCAAGCUACCUCUGUAUAAAGGCUAUGUG